CCGAGGCGGCGCUGUCCCUGACCGAGCUGCUGGAGUGAGGGUUCAGAGAUGGGCAGCGAGAAGGAGCAGAGUCCCGAAGCACAGCUGCCUGAGGAAGGGGAAGGGACUAAGCCUUGGAGAGUGGAUGGCUCAAAGGAUUUUCAGAUCACAUCUGAGGAGGAACAUGGGCAGGAGAGCCUGUCGGAGGGGCUCCACAAAACAUAUCCACAAAAGCCAUGGCGGAAAGUCACUGCCCGAGCUAGAGGUCUCAGGGAUCCCAUGACUUUUUCAAGCCCAGAGACAGAUGAGAAGCCUUUUAUAUGUGCUCAGUGUGGCAAAACCUUCAACAAUACCUCCAACCUGAGGACGCACCAGCGGAUCCACACUGGCGAGAAGCCGUACAAAUGUUCAGAGUGUGGCAAGAGCUUCUCCCGGAGCUCCAACCGCAUCCGGCACGAGCGCAUCCACCUGGAAGAGAAGCACUACCAAUGUGCCAAGUGUCAGGAGAGCUUCCGGCGGCGCUCCGACCUCACCACGCACCAGCAAGAUCACCUGGGCCAGCGGCCAUACCGCUGUGACAUCUGUGGCAAGAGCUUCGGUCAGAGCGCCGCGCUGGCUGUCCACCGCCGAACCCACCUAGAGCCAGCCCCUUACAUCUGCUGUGAGUGUGGGAAGAGUUUCAGCAACAGCUCCAGCUUUGGGGUGCACCACCGCACCCACACGGGCGAGAGGCCUUAUGAGUGCACUGAAUGUGGGCGGACCUUCAGUGACAUCUCCAACUUUGGUGCACACCAGAGAACGCACAGAGGGGAGAAGCCGUACAGGUGCACCCAGUGUGGGAAACACUUCUCCCGGAGUUCCAACCUCAUCCGACACCAGAAAACACACUUGGGCGAGCAGGAGGAGAAGGAUUCCAGUUAAAGUGGAGUGGGAGCCCUGCUUAGAGAGUCAGGGAGAGCAUAGAGCCCACCUGUAUGGAGGAGGGCCUGCUGUGGCCUCCAGGACUACAAAGCCUUCACUUGUGGAAAAGCUCCUUCUAAAGCUCAGGAAAUCCUGAGAAGGGACUGAGUAAAAAUCCUGCCUCUUCCCAGCAGUUUUUUGCUUUGGAAAAUCAGAGUGCUCACUCUUCAUUUCCUCAGGGGGUAGGGGGUUGGGGGGUAGACUCAGGAUAUGCUCCUGUCUCUGGGGCAUCAGUCCCCUGGCUUUGGGGGUAGUGCCUGAAACGGUAUCAUUGUCUGCAGGUCCUCCAAAGUUGUCUAGCUUCACACACACUACAGUGGCCUGUGAGUUCCUACCUGCUGUGCCUCAUCCUAUGUCAGCCUCUAGAGCCUUAGGCUGGGAGGCAUGGCCCUCCUGUUGAAGGGCCCCUCCAGUCUGAGGAGAGGCUUGUGGUCCUCCAGUGAGGGUGAAAAGGAAGCCUCAGGGAUCCGCCAUCCAGGGACCCUCCCAUGCUUGUUACCUGGUUUUCUCACCCCAACUUGUGUCUGUCUCCUCAGUGAUUACCAGUAAACACUUCAAUGAAAAGGA